AUGGCGUGUUGGGUGGCAUUGAGUGGGGUGGUGGUGCGCAGCGACUGGGAAGGUGCCUGGUGCUAUGACUCUCAGGACCCAAAGUGUGGCCCCACCCACUGGAAGGAGAUGGCCCCUGCCUGUGAGGGCCCUGCCCAGUCCCCUAUCAACAUCGAUCUUCACCUGGUCCAGCAGGACCUGACCCUUGGACCCUUCAUCUUCCAAGGCUAUGACUCAGCACCUCCAGGCCCCUGGACACUGGAGAAUGAUGGUCAUACAGUGCUCCUCCACGUGGACACUGGCUCACAGAGCCCCCUGGAGGUGCGGGGUGCCGGACUGCCACCACCUGCCUACCGAGCGCUGCAGCUGCACUUCCACUGGGGGUGCCCCGGGCAAACGGGCUCAGAGCACAGCCUGGAUGGGCAGCAUCGCCCCAUGGAGAUGCACGUGGUCCACAUGAGCACCCGGUACCUGAGCACUGGAGAGGCCCGAGGUCACCCUGACGGCCUGGCAGUGCUGGCCGUGCUCUUGGUGAAGCAGGACUCUGGCAACGCCAACUUCUCGGCCCUUGUGUGGGGCCUCAGGAACAUGUCUGCCCCAGGGGCCUCCAUGAAGCUGGCGUCCACUUUCCCACUGGCCUCGCUGCUGCCGGGCACCUCUGGCCUCUCUCGCUCCUACCGCUAUCAGGGGUCGCUGACCAUGCCUUGCUGCAAGCUUGCGGUGCUCUGGACCAUCUCUGAGGACACUGUCCCCAUUGGGCGUGCACAGGUGGCCCAGUUCCAGACCCUGGCCCAGGCCCCUGGUUCGCACCCGGCGCCGCUAAGGGAGAAUGUCCAGCCGCAGCAGCCUCUCGGUGGGCGCAGGGUCUCAGCCUCCCCCUACACCUCCAUCCAGGCAGCAGCCCCCAACCUGGGCCGAGGGUUUGGGGCUCUGCUGGGCCUGGGGCUCAGCUUAUGGCUCUGAAGGGGGCCCUAGGA